UCCGGUCGCCCAGGAGCUGUGGCUCAGGGCCAGGAGGGCCCCAGCCGCACCCGAAAGAUGCGCACCUGGGCUGCGGGCACCCUGAAGGCCGCGUUCUUUGUCUUCGCCUCCCUGUGUGCCUGGUAUUCGGGGUACCUGCUCGCAGAACUUGUCCCAGACAUGCCCCUGUCCAGCGCCGUCUACAGCAUCCGGAGCAUCGGGGAGAAGCCUGUUCUCAGAGCCCCAGCCCCGAAAAGGCAAAAAUGUGACCACUGGACCCCGUGCCCUCCAAACACCUAUGCCUACCGGUUGCUCAGCGGGGGUGGCCGGGACAAGUUUGCCAAGAUCUGCUUUGAGGACAAGAUGCUCAUCGGAGAGAAGACUGGAAAUGUUGCAAGAGGAAUAAAUAUUGCCAUCGUGAACUAUGCGACUGGGAAAGUGAUCGCAACACAGUAUUUUGACAUGUUUGAAGGCGACAACUCUGGCCCCAUGACGGCGUUCAUUCAGAGCGCUCCCUCCAGGUCGCUGCUCUUCAUGGUGACCCACGAUGACGGCAGCAGCAGGCUGAAAGAGGACGCCAAGAAGGCCAUAGAAGCCCUGGGAAGUAAGGAGAUCAGGAACAUGCGGUUCAGGUCGAGCUGGGUGUUCCUGGCAGCAAAAGGCUUCGAACUUCCUGCGGGAAUCGAGAGAGAAAAGAUCAACCACUCCGACAACGCGAAGAACAGGUACUCGGGCUGGCCCGCCGAGAUUCAGGUGGAAGGCUGCAUCCCGAAAGGACCGAGCUGACGUUGCCUGGCCUCAAUAAAUGCUUUUAUAGACACACACAGCCUGGAAUGGACCACGACUCUUAGCCAACCGCCAAUACUUGAUAAGUAUUUGGGGCUUGUCAUCAACCAACCCAAAUAUUUGCCAGUUGUAUAAAAUCCUGUCCCACA